GCCCCGGCGCGCGUAGUGUGUGAGUGCGCAGCCUGCCCGGGAGGUCGACCCUGCACGGGUUUACCGGCCGAGGGAGGAGAGGCGACCUUCGAGUCACGUUAGACAAUCUGAGAAAGAAUUUUCAGGCGAAGAAGAUGGCAAGUACUGGAAGGGAAGCAAAAACAUCGAUAGGCUGAAACUGUUGAAGGAAUUGUGAUGGUUGCUGAGGCAGGAAAAUGGAGAGAGAAAUGUGGUGAUAGCUGGAUCUGCAAGUCUGUCCUUUCUGAAGGCCAUCAGCGCACCGUACGGAAGGUGGCCUGGUCUCCCUGUGGUAAUUACCUGGCUUCUGCUAGCUUUGAUGCUACCACUUGUAUUUGGAAGAAGAACCAGGAUGACUUUGAGUGUGUAACCACUCUUGAGGGCCAUGAAAAUGAGGUCAAGUCAGUGGCUUGGGCCCCAUCUGGCAACCUCUUGGCCACCUGCAGCCGAGAUAAGAGUGUGUGGGUCUGGGAAGUUGAUGAAGAGGAUGAGUAUGAAUGUGUCAGUGUCCUCAACUCCCAUACACAGGAUGUCAAGCAUGUGGUUUGGCACCCAAGCCAGGAGCUAUUAGCCUCUGCCAGCUAUGAUGACACAGUGAAGCUGUACCGAGAGGAAGAGGAUGAUUGGGUAUGCUGUGCUACUCUUGAGGGCCAUGAAUCCACUGUGUGGAGCUUGGCCUUUGACCCCAGUGGCCAGCGCCUGGCGUCUUGCAGUGAUGACCGGACUGUGCGCAUCUGGCGCCAGUAUCUACCAGGCAAUGAACAAGGGGUGGCAUGCAGCAGCUCUGACCCAAGCUGGAAAUGCAUCUGCACUUUGUCAGGCUUCCACUCCAGGACCAUUUAUGAUGUUGCUUGGUGUCAGCUGACAGGGGCCCUGGCUACAGCUUGUGGGGAUGACGCCAUCCGAGUGUUUGAGGAGGAUCCCGGCUCAGAUCCACAGCAGCCCACUUUCUCCCUGACAGCCCACUUGCGUCAGGCUCAUUCCCAGGAUGUCAAUUGUGUGGCCUGGAACCCCAAGGAGCAGGGGCUCCUGGCCUCCUGCAGUGAUGAUGGGGAAGUGGCCUUCUGGAAGUAUCAGCGGCCUGAAGGCCUCUGAGCUAUCUUGACUUUGGACAGAGUAAUGGUUCCUCAGAAAAUGUUGUAAGACUUCCCCAGGCCUUGAGAGUACCUGGAGGAGCAUCCUUGACCUUCUAUUUGACUGGCUUCUAUUCUGACUUGGGUAGAGAUGUGGACCACAGAACUUUCCCCUCCUUAGACCCAAGGGCCUUAGUAAAGGGCUAUAGAACAUCAGUAUAUUGUUACUGUGCCACAGAUUUUGCUUUAGGUCACAGUGUUAAAUUUGGGAGGAGGGAUGAAUAUACUAUUUGUAAUCACUGUAUAUAAAAUGGGGCAUAUGUGUCUCAGAUCUUUCUGAAGUUGUAAGCUUUAUAAAAAUAAUCCACCUGAGUCUCAAGUCCUAUUUUAUAAGGCAUUCACAAUUUAAAGUAUUUCCAUGGUGAAUUUUUAUCUGAAAUAGGUCCUACCUUCCCAAUUUCUGGGUAAGUUCCUGCAUUUAAAAUACCCAAUCAAUAUUGAAGGAAAUUUUUUUCUUAAUGUCGGUUUGUUGAGAGUGAGACACCUCUACUUUCUCUUAGAAACCCUCACGUACCUCCUUGUGCCAUUAUGCUGUGAUGGCAGCUGGGAAUACAAAAAAAAAAAUGGGCAAAUCCUAAAGGGAGUUAGUACUGG